AGAUAGCAGCUGGGAAAAAAUAUCUGCAAUGGCUCGCGUCGCCUCGAACCCUCUUUCUCUCCCAAGAUUCAAGCCUCAAUUUCAACUUUCAGACUCCACCACGCGCCUCUUCAAAUCACCGUUCGUUUCCCAGAACAGAACUCGCAAGUUUCAAACCAUUUCCUGUCAAACAAAUCCGGUUCCCACCCAAACAGAACCCUCAGAGAAGGAAAAGGUACUUGUGGAGCCUGAUUCAGUCAAAGAUAGCACUAGCGAAGCUACAACAACUUCGUCUGAUGGAGGAGGCUUUUCUGAAUUUCCAAACAAAAAUUUAAGUAGGCGAAUAGCAGUUGGUUCUACGCUUGCAGCAGUGGGACUUUUCCUGUCAUCGCGAUUGGACUUUGGUGUUUCUUUGAAGGACUUAUCUGCUGCAGCAGUGCCUUAUGAAGAGGCUCUUUCAAAUGGAAAGCCAACUGUUGUAGAGUUCUACGCAGAUUGGUGUGAAGUAUGCCGGGAAUUAGCUCCUGAUAUUUAUAAAGUAGAGCAGCGGUACAGGGAUCGUGUUAAUUUCGUCAUGCUGAACGUCGACAACACGAAGUGGGAACAAGAACUCGAUGAGUUUGGUGUUGAGGGUAUUCCGCACUUUGCGUUCCUUGACAAAGAGGGAAACGAGGAAGGAAACGUAGUAGGCAGGCUUCCGAGGAAGUACUUCCUCGAGAACGUGGAGGCUCUUGCCCAAGGUGAGGCAUCGGUUCCUCAUGCUCGUGAGGUGGGGCAGUAUUCAAGCGCGGAAUCGAGGAGGGUGCACGGGGUUGUUGAUCCCAGAAGUCAUGUGUAGAAUGUUAUCUUGUUUAGAGAAGUAACCCAUUAAUUCCCCCAAGUAUAAAUACGUAUAUACAAAGGUCAACUUAGUUUACUUGUGCAUCCAUCUGUAGUUAUGGUCUUAAUAUACGAAGGUAACCUUUUGCUUGGCAUGAGGGUUAUGUCAUAUAAAUUGGUUUAAAAUCUUGGUUUACAUGAAUU